AUGUCGCGAGCACCCGCCCGCAAUGGAGCUGCUCCACGUCGCCCAGGAGAUGAAGAUGACAUCUGCCCUGUCUGCAAAUCCUCCCGCUACCUCAACCCAUCCAUGCGCUUCCUCGUGAACCCCGAAUGCUACCACAAGAUGUGCGAAUCCUGCGUCGACCGAAUCUUCUCCCACGGCCCCGCCCCCUGCCCCGUCGCCGGCUGCGCCCGCACUUUACGCAAAGCCCGUUUCCGCAGGCAAACCUUCGAGGAUCUGCACAUUGAGCGCGAAGUCGACAUAAGGAGAAGGGUGGCGGGGGUGUUCAACAAGCGGGAGGAAGAGUUUGAGAGCCUGAGAGACUGGAACAAUUAUCUGGAGGAGGUGGAGAACCUGACGUGGAAUUUGCUGCAGGGGGUUGACGUGAAGGAGACGGAGAAGAAGCUGGAUGCGUACAAGAGGCAGAACGAGCAAGAGAUCAAGCAAAACGCCGCGAUCGAGUCGCAGGAAAACGCAAACACGGAGGCCCAGUUCGCCGCGCAAAGGGAACAAGCGCGUCUUCGGCGCGAGGCGGCUCGGAACGAAGAGCUGGACGAGCGCAGGGAGAAGGAAGAGGGCAGGAGGGAGAUGGUCGAUAUGAUGGCGAGGGGCGACGGGGAUGCAGAUACCAUUGCCCGCGAAACCCAAAAGGUCGUCCUCAAGAAAUCCACGGCACGUCGAACGGCCGCCGAAAGGUCCCGCCAACAAGCCGCCGCCAAAGUCGACAACGGCGCCGCCGCCCCUCUCUUCUCGAUCCAAGGGCUCAAACGCGUCGUCCAACCCGCGCCAGAGAAAGAAUACGAUCCCUUUGGCGGGUAUGUGAUCAAGCAUGAGUAUUAUUAUCUGCGGGACCAUUAUGAGCAUUCGUGGUUGGACAACGCGAGAAGCGACGCGCAGAUUACGGCUGGGGGGUAUGACGUGAGGGAAUAUUGUGCUAGGGCUAUGAUGGAGGCGUUUGGGGGCUUGGGGGUCUUCGUUGAAGAUGAGAUUAGGGAAAGGGAGGAAAUGGCGGAUAAAGGGGUGGGGACUGCGAGUGCAGCGGCGGCCGGCGGUGGCGGUGGCGAAGGGGUUGAUGGGGAUGUGCUUUGA